UUCUGCGAACCUGAGAACCAAGGUGCAACAGAAAUGAUACAUUGGUGACUACUGUUGAAAUAUUUUCUUAUUUUUAUCCGAAAUAGUACUUAGCACAGUAGCACUCAACAUCCAACCAACGUCAGGCGUUUUACUUUAGGAAUAACGAAAAAAUUGCUGAUGAAAUAUGCACCGUGGCAUGCUCAACGCUGCCAUCGCCUCUCUGCCGUCCAGAAAACAUCUACCAAACAGAAAUCAUUCUUAAUUUUUCACGAACCCAGUUAAAGAUUUUAGUUAUACAAAUCAAUCAUUGUUGAGUGACUCAGUUCCAGAAUGGAAGUCAGUUCUACUGAGAAUUCUAACGUCACCACCAACUGGUUGUGCGACUAUGAGUUGAUGGAUGGUAUCUCCACCGUCUCCGCCGCAGCAGACUUCCCCAGUCUUACUACGCCGCCACCUUCCACCGCCACCAUUGGCUUCUCCUGGCCCGCCAAAGCAAUCAGCUGCAUCUCUAUUGAUGCUGAAGGCUUUAAGGAAGUAGGUCCUCGUAAACGGUACAAAUCUUCCCAUUAUUUUCCUUUAUUGUUAGUCUCUUGGCAAUUUGUGAUUCAUAGGUUCUUAUGUCAUAGAUUCCUUUCUGCCUACUUAAAUAUUUGAAUGUAUUUCUGUUCAUGAAAUAUUGGAUAACUUGCAUUUGGUUUCUAGAAGCCAGAAAUAUCUAUGGAAUUUGAUGGAGUCUUUUUCUCGAUCAUUUACGUUCUACACUAAUUAAUGCUAUAUAAUUUGAUUUUUUUCGCCUUUAUACUUAUCAGAAAGCUUAAAUUACAUUCUGUUUCUUGAUUAACCAUUCCUUCUUGAUAGACUAAAAAAAAAAAAAUGUAUAUGCAUGUUGCUUUAAUUUAUUUGUUAAUGUCAUCAUCCACUCAGUUUCUAUCCUGUCAUUUUGCAUCUUUCCUGAGUCCUCUUUCUAUGUUUUUGUUCAUCAUUAAUAAGUAUGCCUGGUUCCAUGGAAGAUAAAAUACGUGCUGAACCCCUCAGUUGCCAACCUAAAGUAGUCAGUAUGACAGCCAUCUCGUUUAAAUGAAGUAUAUGACAGCCAUCUCGUUUAAAUGAAGUAUACUGACGAUAUGCUGGGCCAUCAAAAUACUUCUAUAUUGAGUAAAUUCUCAGAAAGAAUCCAAUAAAAAAUGCUGGUAUGAGCUUGAACACUGUUGAACUUUGCUUAAAUGUCAAGUUUGUGUCCACGAAAAUUUUGCGCUAGACGAACGAAGGACAUCUUUCACAAGUUCUCUUCCAGAUGCAUGUCAUAGUUCAAAUACAGCUGCAAAUUAAUCAAAGCACAAGGAUACAAUAUUCUGUAUCUUGUGAUUAGAGAGUGGUAUCAUCUGAGUGGACCCAAAAUAACAGAGGUAAAGUAGAAGUCAUGAUUCAUCAUAUGUAACAAGAUCUUAAUUGAACUUGAGAUCUUAAGGACAUGUUAUUCAAGUUCCUUGAAUUCAGUUCGGACGAAUUGGCAUUUACUACAAUAUUUGAGCCAUUAACACUAUUUUUUGAUGUACUUGUCACUGAAACUGUAUUUGGUAAAAAUAGAUCUUUACACCCUUUAGAUGAUUCUCUUUCCUUCUUUUUCAUCUUUUCUUCUUCUUUUUACUAGAACCAUGGAUUUUACUAAAACAUCUAGGAUUAUCAACCAAUAAUGAUUGGAAGUACAUGGUUGUGGCCCUUUUGGGAGCUUAUCCUACUGAACAACAUAUGCAGUAUUGCAUUUGGCACAGCUACCUGUUUUUCUAUGUCCCGAAACAGUUAUGUAAUUACGUUGCUUUUGUUGAUCACAUGUUUAGUAUCUUCUAUAAAUUGUCCCACCCUUGAGGUAUCGUCACUUUGGUCUCUGUCUCUAUAUGGGAACACACACACACACACACACACACACAUAGAGAGAGAGAUGCACACACACCAAACUACGAGCGUU